AAGUGUGUGUAUAGUACGGGUCGGAGACCGAACGUGUCGUGUCUCUCUUCUUACUAACACUAGAGUCCAGCGAGCAGUCGCGAGAGUCGAGCCAGGAAAGAUGGCUGCUGGCUGUUGUGGAACGAAGAAGCAAAAGCUCAAUAAUUCAAGCAGCAUUCCGUGCAAUGGCUCGACCGUAUUGCAAAAUGGCACCCAAAUUCGCUAUUCCACGAUAGUACAACCGGAGAUGGGUUUCUUUUGCUUCGACGUACUUUACUGCCAACUACAUCAACUUGACCCUCCAAAAACGCCCAACUUCAGCAACGAUGCAUUCCCUUUAUUCGUUACGUGGUCUAUUGGAAAAGACAUGAGAUUAAGAGGCUGCAUCGGUACAUUUAAUGCUAUGCAUUUACAUGCCGGAUUAAGAGAAUACGCUACUACUAGCGCAUUUAAGGAUUCUCGUUUCAAUCCGAUAACAAGAGAAGAGUUGCCACGCUUACAUGUUAGCGUAUCUAUCCUUAGAAAUUUUGAAGAUGGAGUUGACUAUUUAGAUUGGGAAGUUGGAGUUCAUGGUAUACGUAUAGAAUUCCAUAACGAAAAGGGUAAUAAGCGGACCGCUACUUAUUUGCCUGAUGUAGCACCGGAACAAGGAUGGGACCAGAUACAGACAAUAGAUUCCUUGCUGCAUAAAGGUGGUUAUAAAGGAUUGGUAACUCCAGACAUUAGACGUAGUGUGAAGUUAACUCGUUACCAGAGUGAGAAGGUCACCGUGAGCUAUCAAGAUUAUAUGACACACUGGCACUGCCGAAGAUGCUAGCAGCUGGCCUGGGGUCCUCCACAAGGGCCCCAACCUUCUCAAACUUCUGUUGCAGUUCGUUAUAACAAUACCGAAGCAACAUCCAAUUUUCAAUACAAUAAUAGCACUCAAUACAACUCGUUUGUGGCCAGUCAGCAACAUACAUUAGUGAUGGUACAACCUAAUCAUCCAUCGUUCAUACAUCCACUACCCAUGCCUCCUGUAUCUCCAGUUGUGGUACCUGUACAAGAUUAUCCAUCUUUUUGGUGGGAUCGUGCAGGACCUUCCUUUCCUCCUCCACAUACACAUUCUCGUACCCACCGAUUUACAACACAAGAAAAUAUGGAUCGUGGGGUGCGCAAGCGAAAAUGACAUUGGAGGCGGCUGUUACUUGCAAUCUUUCACUGUUUGAAGUGGUGCCUAUUGUAUUUUGUAUGUUUUAGCAUACACAGUCUCCCUUUUAUGAUACCAUACAGUCCUCCUUGAGGAUAAUAGAACUACAAGUAUGAUGGCAAUAUUAUUACUUAAAAUAUUAUUCCUAUAUGAAACUAUUAAUAAAUUCACAUUGCUUAUUUAAAUAUUGAUCUU